CGAGAAUGAUUCAUACACCGCUAACGAAUCCGUAUCUUGUUGUGUUUCCGGUUGCGGUUGGAUUCUAAUCGUCGCACUGCAUAUUUUUGUGAUUACAAUAAGGCGCAGAGAAGCGAUAUGCGGAAUGUGCGCCGCACGAUAAAUCGUCGUACUGCCGGUACUUUUAAUAUUCACGCCAAUGUCGUUUUUUCGUAACGACGGAAAUAUUACAUUUAUAGCCGGUUCCGUGCAGAAAAAAAACGCCGCUAUUACGCAAGAGUGAAAGCAACGGCGCUGCAUAGAAGAAUUAUCAUUUACCGUCGUGAUCUCGCGUUUUUUCAUCCGUUAUGCCGUAUUGUAUAUUCUUGCGACCUCGUAAGUAAAUUUUGCUUCGUGGAUAGCAUAAACUAUGAAAAGAUAUCUGAAAAAAAUAGGGUGUCUUUUAUAUGUCUGUAAGACAUUUUCUUACAGACAUCCUCCUUCUAAUAAAAGAUGUUCCUCAGACGUCUUUUAGAAGUAGGACAUUUUUUGUAGUAGGCGUCUUAAAAAUAUCUUUUAAUAGUUAUUAUCACCGGAGUUUAUGUUGCCUGUCUUUCGAAAAUCACUUGAGAAUUUGUACACCGCUGUAUUUGUAUGCUUGUGUACUUGCUCUCGAUUUUUUUUCACUACAGAGAGAUCCCGAUGUCGAUUCGACUCAUGAGCGACUUGUGGAUGAAUGAUGGUCUGUUAGAAUUGGCGAUACGUGAGUUACGUAAAAAUUUACGCGACGAUCGGCCGAACGUGGAUCGAACCUACGACGACAUUUCGCAAGGGAGAGGCGAGCGCGCGAAGCAACCGCGGCUAACGAUUACGUGUCCUGUAAUUAAUGUAGCGACUGUAACACGUCGACUCGCGUCUCUGCGGACUCAUCGUCGCUACCGCUGAAUGUGAAAUUCGCCGAUUGCAGGGUGGUGGUGCGUGAACUCGCGACAAAUGGACGCUUUCGUGCUUUCGUCAAACGACCUUGAUAAAUGACCAGCAGCCAACUGUAUUCGACAUAUUGGCACAUAUCACUUGCGCGUAUACGUGCACAGCGUGCACGAUCGCGCGUAUUUCAGUGAUCAAUCGGUUGCUCGCCCGCACGAGUUGCAUCAGGCAAUAUAUGUACCGCUCGUCUCUCUUCCAUUUUUUCUUCGAGUAUCGAUCAAAUCCGUUGUAAACUCGAUUCCUUCCCACUUAGAACCCCAUAAUACGUUGAUUCGACAUUGAUUCGACGUUGAAAUGCUCGAUAAACUGUUGAAUCAACAUUAAUUCAAUCAUCCUCAUCGGCGUCGAGUCAACAUAUUGUGGUGGUUCUGACUGGGUUGUUCCUUGGCGCGAAAGGCCGUUCUCCAAAUUCUGCCCAUAAAAUAUCCUGGCGAGUGGGAAUUUAUCGUCAUAAGCUACAAUUAUUUGAUCACAUUACUAUACUAUUACUUUCAUGAUGCUGUUUUUACAUAAAGUGUAAUUUUUUGUUUACUAUUAUCUUAAAUCUGAUAUCGUUAUCAUUGUAUCCGUAGAUGAAUAUCGAGAAGCUGAGAAGAAAGAAGAAGAACGUGUUCGAGAGCGCGGUUCUCGAUUUCGCGGUUCGCGAUUUCGUCGAAUGACCUCGAGCCAUUUCGAUGUGUCUUCUUCGGCGUAUUGACACCCAAGUCGCGUGUACGUCGCACGGCGACGAUAUGAAGAAACAUAAGCGCACGUACAUUGGUACAACGUUCGUCGGACAUUGGUACAACCCGACGACUCUUGUACGUCGCAACGAUCAUCGGUAGGUCACUGGGAGCGCUACCAGAGGUUAGACGUAGAGGAGACGUAUCGAAGGAGAUAGAGAGAAGAAGAUAGAAUUAUUAGAGGGGGAGAGAGAGUGGGGCCGUACGCGGGUGGCGUUAACGCGAAUUCGGCUUCGCGAGGAGCAUCAUCGUCCUCGGAUGACACGAGACGUGACGACGACGACGACGACGUAUAAAAGUACGGCCAAUCCAACCCCGAGGCAUCAGUCUUCUGGCGAUCCUCCUGUGAACAAACAAACAUGACCGGCAAGCUCAUCUUCUUCCUGGGUCUGGCGGCGCUCGCUCAAGGGGCGGUGGUGCCCGCCGUGCCGGCGGUAGCGACGGUGCCGUUGGCGAAGCUGGAAGAAUUCGACGCGGUGCCGCAGUACACCUUCGCGUACGACGUGCAGGACGCGGUGACCGGCGACUCCAAAGCGCAAUACGAAACCCGCAAUGGCGACAUCGUCCAGGGUAGCUACAGUCUCAUCGAAGCGGACGGCACACGUCGCAUCGUCGAGUACACCGCGGACCCGAUCAACGGUUUUAACGCGGUCGUCAGCCGGGAACCAGCAACCGCGGCAGUCGCCGCCGUCGCAACGUCGCCGUUGUUACCCUUGAGACCGGCGUUGCAGCCGGUCGCCGUCGGCGUUGCGCCCGCAGCUCCGGCACCAUCGAUCCCCGCGGUCGGACCUGACUCCGACGUGGAGGUAGUCGAGGCGCGAACCGGCCCUUUAACGACCAUCACACGUGAGCAAGAGAUUCAGCGUCAGCAACAGCGUGAUCAGUUGCGACAACUGCAGCGCUUGCAGGAUCAGCAACGCCAGCAGCAGCAGCAGCAGCUGCGACAGUUGCAGCGGUUGCAGGAACAACAGAGGCAACAGUCGUCGAGGUUGCAGGUACAACAGCAGCAGCAGCAGCAGCAGCAACAACAGCAGCUGCGACAGCGGCAACAGCAGCGGCGACCGCAGGUGCAGGAAGAUGAAGAAAAGGAACUGCAGCAAGAACAACAGCAACAGGAGCAACAACAGACACCUGCGCGAGCCGUUGUCGGUCAGAUGCAGCCAGCGACGAGCGGGCUAUUGGUGGGUCUCCCUGCCACCGCCAAGGCGAUAGCCAGCUACCCGACUUACCCCUACGCCGCGUAUACCGCGGCGUACACCUCGCCGCUCGCCUACGCCACCCCCGUCGCCGGUCUCACUUACGCGCCAGCACCCGCUCUGGCGUAGACUACUACGUAGCUCGCGUUACCAUAAAUUGUUACCUCGGGAAUGUUUGCUAUUUGUACCUCGCUUCCUCGCCACGACUUUUUCGAUGAGAUCGUAAUAAAUCGUUUGCCGUGAGUUAUAUGUAAUGAUUAUUAUUAUUAUUGCAGAAAUCGCGAAUGGCAACGUAUGUUGGAUAGAGUCUCAGUCUUGAAAAUAAGAGCAAGAGUGUGUGACCCAAUCUGCAGUGAGUUCUUAUCCGUUUGCUCUAAAUUUGAAACGGUUACGCAAUUUUUAGUGAAAAAGAAGAAGAACGUUUCUCGUGCUAUUUAUAUUAGACGUUAGAAUUUCUCAAUUUUGAGCAUUAUUGCAACUUUUGGCAGCGUGAGAAACAUCUUUCGAAAUUAUGUUACAGUUUCAAACUUCGAAAAAUGGAGACUUACUCCACCCCCCAAGUAAAACAUAAAAUUAUAAU